GAAGCGCUACAGACACAGCGCACCACCACCGUUGUUGUUAUAGUAGUGAAUAAUGGCGGCAGCGGGAGGGGGAUUAUCAUCUCCCGCUAAUGGCGCUUGUUCCAGCACGCCGGCCGUAGCCCGGGCCCGUUUCCCGGGCCGGCCAUGGACAUCUCGUAUUCGGCUACGAUCGGAGAAACGUCCGCAGCGGGGAAGGUUGGGCUCGGAAAGUGGAGGGAUAGUCACUGGAGGCCGGAGGCCCAUCAACAUUGGACUAACGUUGAGCGAGGACCCGUCACUGCUGCGUUUACUCGGGAUUGCUGAUAAACAUAGGCGCCAGAGAGACGCGGGUUUCUACUCAAGCGGGAGUGGAGAGGAUGAGGAUUUCCCUGGGUUUGGGACUGAAUACCGGCCAACACUCUCAGCACACAAUAUCUCUGAAAGCAGGCCUCUCCAAUUAUCAUUUUUGAAUCCAGAAAAUCCUCCCCCAGCUCCAGAACUUACAGCAAAGCUUGAGAAAAGUGGAGUGAAGGGCUCCAAAGAAGACCCUAAAGUUGGAGAGGGUCAGGAAGACGAAAACGCUGUGAAACCCAAAAUAAUUGCCAAACUGUCAGCCCAAAAAAUGUCUCCCAGUUCUGGGAUUAAAUCUAGAGGAAAGCAGGCUACUGGGACAAAGGCCUCAAAAGGCAAGGGCAGCGCAAAAUCAAAUGGUCCCAACAGGAAAAGGGGAAGGAAGGUGGUGGAAUCGUCUUCAACAGCCAGAAAGAGGAACAGGCAAGACCAAACAACAAAGGUGGGCAGGGGAGGCUCAGGGUCCAGCACAGCCCGACCCCAAACCAGCAGAGACAAGCAGGGAAAACUGGUGUGGACCCUGACAGUGGUCAAGGGCAAAGGGAAGGCCUCCAAGAGCAAAGAGGCCAGGGAGGUAACAGCAGGCAAAACCGAACCAGACCAAUCUGAGCCACAGAUGUCUGGGAAGAGAAGAGGAUCUCAGCAAGACCAAACAGGCCAAACUGGUGUGGACCCUGACAUUGGUCAAGGGCAAAGGGAAGCACUGUCCCCUAAACCUGUGAAUAAGCAGCAGCAGAGGAGGAGAGUGUCCAAGGGAACAGGGGAAUCCCUUGAGGCUGGAGCUGAGAUGGAGCAGAAUCCAGCAAUGUCACUGGAAAGAAAGAAACCAGCACAGUUUAAGCGCAAGUCCAUAUUUGGCCACAGGAGGAAGCCCGGGAAUGUGGAGAGGCUUAGUACGCCAGAGUCUGUUGUGAAACGCUUUCGUCGUAAGUUUGUAUUCUACACCUACGUGCCAGAGUACCUCCCAGACCCAGUGAAGCAGGAGGGAAAGGAGCAGCAGCCGCAGGGGGAGAGCACCAGGACAGAGGGCGAGCCUCUCCUGUCCCCUGGAGAGUUCGAGCAGGGAGCCAGCAGUAACUUCUCCUCGCCUGUGGUGAGCGCCAGAUCUUCACGUGUCAUCAAGGCACCCAAGAGGUUCCUCAAUGACGAGAUAAUAUCCUGGCCCAGGGGCUCCCUGAAAAAGAAUAGCCAAGGCAAGGUGAAGGAGGAGGAUGCCAUGAGCCUAUCCUUCAAUGAUGACAUUGACCACUUGUCUCGAACUCCAGGUCAAAAUGAGUUCAAACCUAAAGUUUCGGGCUCAACUGGUAAAAAAACACUUCAGACCAGCCUGUCCUCAACCCUGUCUGUGAAGGACCCGACGCUCAGCCCAGGCUCAUCCCACCUCGAGGUCUACGAGAGACUCAAGAAGCUGACCCUCAGCCUGGCCCAGAAGAAGAAAGGCCUUGGUGCUGCUGAGGGUGAAACGGCAGAAGAAGAAGAAGCCCAGGCGGACCGGAGUUUGACCUCGCCGGUUAGGAAGAGAGGGAGGUCCAAGCUGAAAAUGGAGGACCUCAACUCUCCUGGGGUUGUGAGGAAGCUGGCUGUGCAGGUCCGUAACGCUGCCGCUGCAUCCCAAGCUGCAUCAUCUGUGACUAUGGAGGAGGCAGCAAACGACACAGAACAUUUCCAAGAGUCCGCUCCUGAAGGAGUUUACGAAGGAGUGAGCCAGGCUAAUGAGGGUGAUGAUGGGGUGGUGGUGGAACAGGGGGGCACCAGCCAUCGUAUCAACCUCACCGGCACCAACAAGAGGAUGUUCCAUCUGCUGAAGAGGGCCAAGGUUCAGCUCAUUAAGAUCGACCAGCUGAAGAGAGCCAAACUGCAGCUGGUGAAGAUUGACCAGCAAAGGCCGAUGAAGUCAUCACAGCUCCUGUCUGGAUCUGUAAAACUCAGUCCCAGAGAUUUAAGAGUUGGAGGGGGGAGGAGGAUAGGAGGCUCUGCUCAGGACCAGCUCCUUGGUGGUCCACGCAUCAAGCAUGUCUGUCGGGCAGCAGCGGUGGCGUUGGGGCAACCCCGUGCCAUGGUGCCUGACGAUAUCCCCAGGCUUAGUGCUCUGCCCCUCCAUGAGAGAGAGGGCAUCACCACCUCACCAGCUGUAGAAGACAUUGCUGAUGACCCCUCUGAUCAGGAAAUCGAGCACACUCAGGAGCACAAGAGGACAAGACAGAAGCACAAGUACAGCAAGCAGCGCAAGUUAAAGCGGAACUAUAGCGAGGUUGGUCCUGGGGGUCGUGCCACCCGCUGUGGGUCCUGCCAGGGCUGCCUCCAUGAGGGCGACUGCGGCACCUGCUUCAACUGCCUGGACAAGCCCAAGUUUGGAGGGCCCAACACCAGACGCCAGUGCUGUGUGUUAAAGCGAUGUGUUCGGAUUGAGGCGAGGAAAGUAAAGCGUGGCAUGAAGGCAUUCACAGUCCUUUCAAGGCGGCGACGCAGGUCAUCAGCCAAUGUGUUUAAGUCCAAUGAUGACGAGGGGUCGGUGUCCUGGGAGGAGGGAGAGGCAGAGGAGGGGUUGGACCCGGCAACCCCUGGAGACUGCCUAAGCCUUUCCACCAGAAAGCAGCCAAGGCGGAACGUGACACCUCGCUCCUACAGCAGCCUGCUGAAGUCCGACUCGGACGAGGACAUGGGCGGAGAAGCAGCAGUCAAGAGUCCUGUAAAGAAUCCUGUCGCCCCAAGCAACCAAGCUCCAGAGGAGGGCCCAGUGCCCAGUGAAGUUGUAAGGCACCGCAGACCUGGGCCACCCAAAGGACUGCCGGGCCGACGCAGAGCCGACAAGGGGAGCAACUCAGAGGCGCACCAUCCAGGGCUGCUGGUCACAGAGAGCCACAUAACAAGGAGCCCCAGCGAGCCGUGCCCACCCAGGAUCCCACCGUUGCGGUUACAGUGGCGACUGCAGGUGCAGCUGCAACGGUUGCCCCCAUUUGUGGUGCAGUCGGUCAUGCAGGAGGAGGAGGAGCCAGAGGAGGAGUCUUCACAGGAAGAGGAGGAGACUAUUGUUAAAGAGGCUGUGCUGCAACAUAAUCCCAGAAUUGAUCCCCACUAUGUCCUUCGUUCCCAGAAUGCUGCAGAACACACACCAACUAACAUCCUUGCCACGCUAAUCAACGGACUCCCCCAAAAGGGCCACUUGAAGACCGGGACGCACAGGAUCCGCGUAGACUUUAAGGAGGACUGUGCCGUCCAGAACGUGUGGUUGAUGGGCGGUCUGAGUAUCCUCACCUCCAUCCCAGUCACCCCUCAUCCUGUUUGCCUGCUCUGUGCCAGCAAAGGACACCAUGAGAUGAUAUACUGCCAGGUGUGCUGCGAGCCCUUCCACAGCUUCUGCCUCUGGCCUGAAGAGCGACCCCAGGAGGAGAACAAAGAGAACUGGUGCUGCCGCCGCUGCAAGUUCUGCCAUGUGUGCGGCCGCAAGCACAAGAACAACAAGCCUGUGUUGCAGUGCAGGAGGUGUCAGAACUGCUACCACCCCUCCUGUCUGGGACCCACCUACCCAAAGCCCAUCAACUGUAACAUGCCCUGGGUGUGUAUGACGUGUAUCCGGUGUAAGAGCUGUGGAGUGACCCCAGGGAAGACCUGGGAUAUGGCCUGGAACCACGAGCAGGACCUCUGUCCCGACUGCAGCACCCUCCACCUCAAAGGGAACUUCUGCACUAUCUGCUCCAAGUGUUACGAGGAGAACGACCACAACAGCCAGAUGAUGGAGUGCUCCAGGUGUAGCCACUGGGUACAUUCUAAAUGUGAAGGACUCUCUGAUGACCUAUAUGAGAUCAUGUCCAGCCUGUCAGAGAGCGUAGUGUACUCCUGUACACCCUGCAGCCAAUCACAGCCCAGCUCCUGGAAGGGUGAGCUGAAAGACAGGCUGAGGGCGGGGCUAGAGAAGGUGCUGGCCAACCUUCUUUCUGACUCCUCUGCCCAGCACCUGAUCACCUGCAGGGAGUGUGAGGAAUCCACAGAACCAGAUGCUUUCAGGGACAAACACCAGCCCAUCUGCGACCUACAUGCUGUGGGUCAAAAAUUUGAAGGGCACCAGUACACUUCACUGAAAUCAUUCCAUGAGGAUGUUGUCAUGGUGAUGAGGAAGUGGUUGAAGGAGGAGGAGUCUCUCCCUGAGGGCCUGAGUCCCACCUGUUUGGCCAGGUCUCACUACCUGAAGUUGCUGGAGGAGACUUUCAGUUGGUUUCAUAGCCAAGAUCAGAAAAUGUGGGACCCACUCUCCAAAGAUUUCCCAAGUGGUAUGCUCCCCGAGGCAGUUCUUCCUCCAUCUAUGGAGCACAGCUAUGCACAGUGGCUGGAGAGGACGUACCAAGUUACCAGUGGUUCAGGCUUUCUCCAGCAGGGGAACAGCGUCCCUCCCCCAUCCUCAGGUACCACCCAUCAGCCCUGGGCGCUGGAGGGCCUCCCACUCAAAUCCCAAGGUACAAAUGGUGCUGUAACCGGGGCCCUGGAACUCGACCGGACCAAAGAUGAGAGACAGUGUGCACUCUGCCAACAGUGUGGUGACGCCACACCCAACGACGCGGGCAGACUGCUGUACCUGGGGCAGAACGAGUGGGCCCACGUUAACUGCUGCCUGUGGUCCGCUGAGGUGUACGAAGACAACGGAGCUCUGCUCCAAGUACACAGUGCUGUCUCCAGGGGGCGCCACAUGCGCUGUGAGCGUUGUGGCCAGGCGGGGGCGACGGUGGGCUGCUGUCUCUCGUCCUGUCAGAGUAACUACCACUUCAUGUGCGCCCGCGCCCACAACUGUUUCUUCCAGGAGGACAGGAAGGUCUUCUGCUCCAGGCACCACGACCUCGUCAGUGAGAAGAUGGUGUCUGGGAAUGGGUUUGAAGUUCUCCGGCGGGUCUACGUGGACUUCGAAGGGAUCAGCCUCCGUAGGAAGUUUCUGACUGGCCUGGAACCAGAGUCUAUAAAUAUGACCAUCGGCUCUCUGCAGAUCAACAGGCUGGGUGUGCUGACUGAACUAUCAGCCAAUGGAGCGAGGUUGUGUCCUGUGGGCUAUCAGUGCUCUCGGCUGUACUGGAGCACAGUGGACCCUCGUCGGCGCUGUAAGUACACCUUUAAGGUGACAGAGGUGUGUUCUCCACUCGAAGAGAAGCCAGGGGAACCACUGUGGUGGGACCAGGAGGAGAACCGAACCAUAGCCCACAGCCCCAGCUACUAUCAAGAAAUGGAGAUUCCAGAGGCUGUGUUGAGUCCUCCCCCCAUUGAGGUAUCUCCCAGCACCACCCAGUCUCCCCUGAAACAGGAGACGGGGGCCAAAACCCCUGGUUACUCACAAACCAGGAGACCAGCAGGAGGAACAUCUCGACCUCUUCCCUCCCCAGGGAGUGCCAUGUCCAAAUCCCACCACAUCUUGACUCUCAGAGACCUGGACGAUACCCGCCGGCCGCGUCGCCUGUCUCUGAGCUGCCACUCAGGGGAUUCCUCCUCCCCCACCGACGGCCUCGCGGGACCAAUGACACUCCGUUCAGGGGGCACCCUCCACCCCAGGUCCCUCCCCUUCAGUUCCCCUCCCAGAACCAACGAAAACCUCCUGAGUUCCCCUCGGCAAGUACGACCUCUUGCUGGCUCCUCCAGCUGGGGUUCCCCUCCCUUGUCCCCCUCCAGUCUUACCCACCCUUUCUCCCUGCGGCCUGGCGCCGCCGGCAGCCCCCCCUCCAACCUCCAUCUGGCCUUCCGCCACUCCUCCAGGAUCAGACAGCCAUUCAAAAUCCGAACUCCAGUGUCCGCUGAGGUGCCACAGUACUUCUUAGCUUCAUCCGAGCCAGAGAAAGCAGAGGUGGCGCCCUCAAACGGGAUCACAUUGACAGCAAAUAACAUGGAGGAAGACACAGACGUCAGCCCCCUGAUGUCGGAACAGGACUUGCCCUUCACAACAUUCGAAGUGGCGGACGCAGACGUUGCGGUGGCCUCUGUGCUAAAUGCCAAACUGGAGUUUGACGAGGCCUUGCUGAACGAGACUGUGGCGCUUCACUGUGGAGGGUCCCAUACAGGUGGAGGAGAUAUGGAAGAGGAGGAGGCACUAGUGGAGGAGACCCAGACUCAGGGUAGGGACAAUAUGGAUGCCAACAAGGCCUCAGUAUUCACCAAAGACAUGGCCUCUAAAGAUGAUCAGGAGAACGGUUCCUCAGACGAAGACAUGGAUCACUACUUGAAGUUCUCUCGUACGGUGGUGGUGUGCGAAGCCUCCAAGGACUCAGGGCAGGAAGGUCUCCCUCUCACCCCACCACUUCCUACGUCUCAGUCCAUUGCUCAGCUUGACGGAGCGGAUAAUGGCUCUGAGAGUGACUCGAGUGAGGCUACAGGCGAUCAGGAAGAAACUCAGGAAGAGGGGAAGAGUGGGGAAGCUCAGGGGGCUGACAGUCAAGAAGUGUUUGAAACCUGUGACCCAAAUAGCGACAUGAUGUCUUUUGAAGAGGAGGUUCUGAUGGACUCUGACCAAACGGAAUCCCAGAAUGAGGUUCUUCUGGACCCAAGUAGUGGCCAUUUUGUUUCAGCUGACGACGGCACCAGAGUGUACCUGGCCAAUAAUAAAAAAGCAGCUCUUGAUGACAGCGAUAGUGACAGCUCUGGCUCCUCUACAGAUUCUCUCUUUGGAGUGGACGACGAAAUGGGAGACCCAGACUUCGAACCGGAACCCAAACCCAAACCCAACCCAAAACAUCUUGUAAAAACCAUCAAAGUCAUGCAACGCCCUAGUCCUGUGAGCAUGAAAACUAUUCCUCCUAAACCCACACCAACACAGAAGAAAAUCAUCAGGGUGUCCCUACCUUCUGCACCUGCUCUGCCUCUGAAUGUAGCCUCCUCUUCCCCACCCAUCAUUGUUCGAAGCGUUCCAAGGACAGUCCCCUCCACCGCUUUUCCGACCCCGUUUGUAAUAAACGGCAUGAACUCUAUACCCUUCCAGACAGGGGCCACUAGGGGCAGAGCGAUCGCUAUCCGCCUGGCCACCCCCAGACAAGAAGUUCAGCAGCAGCUGACGGCCACUAUUCUGUCUGGUGCCUCCAACUCAGCCCCGUCCCCGCAAGUUCUGCUAGUCAACCGUCAAGGUCAGAUUCUGAUGAAAGAUCCAAAUACCAACACUUUCCAGACGGUCAGCACCAGUUCUCCGUCCUACAGCCGCAUCAGCCAGAUCGCCAAAAUGAUCCACAGCAGUGGUGCCCUGCCACGGGCAGUUCCCCAGGUUGUGGUCGUACCCUCUACGUCAACACCCUCACCACGGACAGCAGUCUUCCAUAGUUCACAUCUCAUCACCACUAACAGAAACAACACCACCACAUCAACCACCAUCUCUAACAGAAACAUCACACCAGCAAGCAACACCAACCUCCUGAUCAGGACCCCACAGAGUUUGCAUGAUGGGCGAGUGCUGGUCCAAGCCAUGCCCGUGAUGAGUGGAGCAAAACCAGUGAGGGUCAAGUGCGUCUCUUUGCCUGGCAACCAGGCCCAAGCUAUUUUAGACAGAGCCAUGGCUACUCAUCGCGAGCCCUCUAGGAUACGGCCUAAUAUCCUCAGGGUGAGCCCAUCUCAGCUGAGCCCAUCCCAGUUUCAGGUCCACCCCUUCCUCAACAAACUCCAGUCCCCUGUAGCCAUUUCUGCCGCUCCUGGACAGAUGCUCCGUCACGAGCCGGCCAUCGUACCCGAGUCUCAGUCCCAGGUCCGCGUUAAGAGAGUGUCCUCCGUCGCUGAGCGUCCCGGCAAGAAGAAAUGCAAGACUGAUUUCCUCCCGCAGUUGCCCUCUAGUGACGUGGAUGACCUAGAUGGCAGCAGAAAUAGUGGUGUUCGAAUCAAAGCCCCAACAAUGAAAGAUGUGCUGGAUCUGGACCAGGAGAAGGUUGAGCUCAAGGUCAUCCCACCACCACAACCUGAGAAUAUCAGACCCCCUCCCAUACCUCAGAUGGAGCGUCAGCCCAACAGCAGCACCACUCAGAGUAGCAGCAACAUCCAUGGAAAAACCCAUGUGUGGGUCAGCGCACGCCAUGGAGAUCUCUCUGACUGGGGCCCCUACUCAGGUUUUAGCUCAGACGAGGACAUGCCGCCACCUAAACAGGACAAGACCAUGUUCGCCCACAGGAACCAGCCCCACCUGCGCUUUGAAAUCACCAGCGACGACGGCUUCCAUGUACAGGCAGAUAGCAUAGAGGUGGCAUGGCGAGCGGUGAUUGACGGCGUCCUGGAGGCCCGAGCAGGGUUCCACCUGAAGGCGUUGCCCCUCGGAGGGGUGAGCGGGGCGCGCGUUCUGGGCCUGCUCCACGACGCUGUCAUCUUCCUACUGGAGCAGCUGCAGGGCGCCGCAGGGUGCAAGCAACACCGCUUUCGCUUCCACCGCUACGACACCCCUGACGACGAGCUGCCCAUCAACCCCAGUGGCUGCGCCCGCGCUGAGGUCUACUCACGGAAGUCGACCUUCGACAUGUUCAACUUCUUGGCAUCUCAACACAGACAGCUGCCUGACAUCAUGUCGACGCCAUGUGACGAGGAGGAUGAUGACUUCCCACUGAAAUCCACCAGACGAGCCACCAGCACAGAGCUUCCCAUGGCCAUGCGCUUCAGACACCUGGAGAAGACCUCCAAGGAAGCAGUGGGGGUUUACAGGUCUGAAAUUCAUGGACGCGGUCUGUUCUGCAAGAGGAACAUUGAGGCAGGGGAGAUGGUGAUCGAGUACGCAGGCAACGUCAUCCGUGCUGUUCUCACAGACAAGAAAGAGAAAUACUAUGACAGCAAGGGCAUCGGCUGUUACAUGUUCCGCAUUGAUGACUUUGAUGUGGUCGACGCCACCAUGCACGGCAACGCCGCCCGUUUCAUCAACCACUCGUGCGAGCCCAACUGCUAUUCACGCGUCAUCCUCGUGGACAGCCACAAGCACAUCGUCAUCUUCGCCCUGCGUAAGAUCUACCGCGGCGAGGAGCUCACAUACGACUACAAGUUCCCCAUUGAGGAUGAUGGCAGCAAGCUGCACUGCAACUGUGCCGCCAGGCGCUGCCGCCGCUUCCUCAACUAAAAGACCAGCCAAACACACCACGUUGGAGGAGUACUUGAAUUCAUAGAGGAAUAUGGACCAGGAGACGAGGGAAAAUGCAAUGAUAUGGCGAUAGGAGUGUUGCCAAUAAGUACUGAUGAAUUGGAGCCUCCUCCGUAGUUAGUUUAAUUUAAAGUCUGACUGAUAUGACGCAUUUUAAUUUAAAGACUGACUGGUGGACAUUUUUGGGUUCUUUCCUACAGCAGGGUUUCCCAAACUCGGUCCCGGGGCCCCCUGGAUGCACGUUUUGGUUUUUGCCCUUGCACUACACAGCUGAUUGAAAUAAUCAAAGCUUCAUGAUGAGUUGGAUACUUGAAUCAGCUGUGUAGUGCUAGGGCAAAAAGGAAAUGUGCACCCAGGGGGAGCCCCAGGACCGAGUUUGGAAACACCCUGUCCUAGAGGGCUUCUUGAGCCGCUCCCUCUGUCGCAGAAACCAAAAAGGGCGCCAAAUGAUACAACACGUUUGUGGUAUGAAGAGCUAUCAGUGUUUGUGAGACAAAAUGUCUACAGCUACAGGCAUUUAUUCUAGGCCUGCAAGCAACCCAGUUGAUUCAGACCUCAGUAAUUUCGUACACUGGUGACAUUACGCAAUCUCAUGGUCAACUCGCUUGGUUUGUCUACUUUCUUGACUCAGUCGCCAAUGGCCUCUAAAUGGAGCUAAACAUCCCACAGUUGUGGUGCUGAUCACUUGGACUAGAGAUGUGGUUGGUUAUGUACUUUGUUUCAGUUGUUUCUCAUCAGUCAAUUACUCUGUUUUAAAGAGGAAUUUCAUGUUAUUGUAGCUAUGACAAUAGAAGGCUACAUUCAAGUGGAGGCAACUGAUUUUAGCACCUUAUUUUCCAUGGUCAUAAGCGCAAGCAUUGCUGUACAUAAAAGGCAAUGCUGACCUGUAAAUUGGACGAAGAAAAGCCUGUUUUAUUUUUUUACUUUGACCCAAGCCACCUCCAGUAUACAUUUUUAGAGCAGCUAUCUUUUAAUUGUCCAUUUCGAUAUUAUGGAGACCAUUAUAACAGUCUGCAUCCCAAAUUCCCUACAUAGUGCACUAAUUUUGUCCAGGACCCAUAGGGGAAAAGGGUAACAUACAAGACAGAACUCUUAUGAGCAUGGGGCAAGUUCAGAUUGUUGCUCUUUUAUGAAGGUGCUGAUUAAAACUACCCAAAAGGUUUGCUUUCACCUAUGUUUUUAAUGAAAUCCCUACAUGAUUAAAGGUACACUCAGCAAAAUGACGUUGCCACGAAUAGCAAGACUUCAAUCUAACAAAGUGUCUGCACAUGUGCGCACAAGUUCAGUUCACAAGGUUACAGCGUGUUAGCAAGGGCACCAAAACAGUGACGAAGUUGAACCUCGUUUUUAAGUGUUCUAGUUGUUGCGGAAAUUCACCCACUAUGCUGUUUGCUUUCUGCAUCUACAUCAUAUCGCUGAGUCUACCUUUAAACAUGUUCUUCACUCAUUUCUCCCCUGUACUUGAAAUUAGAAUGUCAUGCUUUAGAUCUGUGAAAACAUAUCUUGUGACGCACCCCUCUAGAAAGAAAUAAUGAAACAUGUUUUUAGUCUGCCAGGUAUACUUUUUUUCACUAUUGUUUUUGUGCCGUUUUGUUCAUGAUCUUCCAGACUUUAAUAUUGGGGAAAGUAAUAUGGUUUGGGGCGAGGGAAAAAAAUGCUUUGAUAGUACUCUACUCCCUCCCUAUCAUUUUACAACCCAAUUUGUAUAUGUAUUGUUGUAUAUUGGUAUAAAUGAAUAAUCAAAAUGCUAAUGAAAAUAAAUAAAUAUGUGUUGUCAAAUAUUAACCUGGUUUAUAUUCGCUACUGAACACCCACUAAUUUUAAACGGGGGCAUGAAACUUACAGUACAAUACCUGGUCGAAGCCUAUGUUCAGUUAGUCGUCCUUUAUCUUCUCUGUUUUCCCCUUCUACUUACCUGACAGUGACACUCCUCUCCCCUGUCUCUUGCGGGUGUACUACCUCUGUGGCUCACCAUGACAUAAACAAGAGAAGAUAAUGACUGUUACAGUAACUACUUCAGCCAGUGCUUGAGGUGCUGGAACUCAGUUUCUGUUUGUUCCAGCCCAAGUCAAGCAUUGACUGUAGCAUACCACUUAGAAUGCAUGGCCAAUCCAGCUUCGUUCUAAGUGAUAUGCUAAUAUGGAUAUUGUAACUUGCUCUUGGUUUCCAACUGGUGCUGUGCUGGCUCGAAUGUGCAACCCAAUUUAGGGCACUGAGCUGGCUGUGCAUGCAUCAAAGGACACAAUCUACAUGUUUCGGAUUUUAGUUGGGGUUUGGAGGGAUCUCUGCACCAGAGUAAUGAAUAAAUGCAGUUUGUGUUAUUUCUGUAGGAUUAUUUAAAUAUAUUUAAAAUAAAAAUGAAUCUCUCAUUGCGUGUUGAACAUGGUUCUGUUACCUUGGCACAAAGCAAACUUUGUCUGUACAUAGUUGUAUACAACAUUUCUAAACCUGUUACAUCUUUUCUACGCACUUUUUAUUUUAUUCUUGAUGUUCUUGGCUUAAUAAAGAUAUUGAAAGGUUUGAAGAAA